GGCUCCGCGCCCUCCCCGCCUCCUCCGGGCGCCGGGUCCGUCGGUCCUCUGGAUGUGCUGCUGCCGCCCGCCGUUGAAGUUGCGGGGCACGCCGCUGCCGGUCUUCCCGCUCCACCGCCUUAGCGCCCCGGCGUCCGAAGGCGCACCCGAGCCGGGCCAUGCAGCCUGGAGCGGCGCUGCAGGCCGUGCUGCUGGCAGUGCUGCUGGCAGGGCUCCGGGGCGCGACGGGUCGCCUGCUAAGCGGUCAGCCAGUCUGCCGGGGAGGAACGCAGAAGCCUUGUUAUGAAGUCAUCUACUUCCAUGAUGCUUCUCGAAGACUGAACUUUGAGGAAGCCAGAGCAGCCUGCAGGAGAGAUGGGGGCCAGCUAGUCAGCAUCGAGUCUGAAGAUGAACAGAGACUGAUAGAAAAGUUCAUUGAAAACCUCCUGGCUUCUGAUGGUGAUUUCUGGAUUGGGCUUAGGAGGCGUGAAGAGAAACAAAGCAAUGGCACAGCCUGCCAGGACCUUUAUGCCUGGAUCGAUGGCAGCACAGCAACAUUUAGGAACUGGUAUGUGGAUGAGCCUUCGUGCGGCAGCGAGGUCUGCGUGGUCAUGUACCAUCAGCCAUCAGCACCCGCCGGAAUCGGGGGCCCCUACAUGUUCCAGUGGAAUGACGACCGAUGCACCAUGAAGAACAAUUUCAUCUGCAAAUAUUCCGCUGAGAAACCAACAGCUCCUUCUACAAGGCCUGGAGGUGAAGGAACAGAGACAGCAAUGCCCAUACUUCCAGAAGACACAGAGAAAGAAGAUGCCACAGAAACACUGAAAGAAAGCAAAGAAGCUGCCUUGAAUCUUGCCUACAUCCUAAUCCCCAGCGUCCCCCUUCUCUUCUUUGUGGUCACCACAGGUGUAUGUUGGGUUUGGAUCUGUAGAAGGAGGAAACGGGGGCAGCCAGGCCCCAGCACGAAGGAGCAGUGCCCCACCUGGCCCGCUCCUCAGCCGGGGAACAGCCCGGACCUAGAGGUUUACAAUGUCAUACGAAAGCAGAGCGAAGCUGAUCUAGCCGAGACCCGGCCGGACCUGAAGAACAUCUCAUUCCGAGCGCGCUCGCGAGAGGCCACUCCCGACACUGUGUCCUGUGACUAUGACAACGUGGCCAUGAACCCAUCCGAAAGCGGGUUCGUGACGCUGGUGAGCAUGGAGAGUGGCUUCGUGACCAACGACGUUUAUGAGUUUUCCCCGGACCGAGUGGGAAGGAGCAAGGAGGCCGAGUGGGUGGAAAAUGAAAUAUAUGGUUAUUAGGAUGCACGAACGAACCCUGAACUGACAAGAAUGGGAAAGAAGAGAGAAGCAAAAGUCUAUUUUCUGUAAGGAAAACACUCAGAAGGUCUGUGAAAGUGCUCAGCUCAGGUCCUGGGGGUGAGCAUGAGAUCCCCUGUUGGAUCUGCAGUUUGGGCUAUAUCCCUUAUCCCAGUCCCUCACCUGGCUGGAACUUCUGAGAAAGCACCUUGUCCAGCGUCUGGCACAUAAUAGAAAAUAAACAACUGAUUGUUACAACUGA